AUGUCUGCGUCCGUGAGCGCGAACGAAGCCGUUACCGCGAUGCGCAAAGUCAAGUUACGCUCACAGAGUAAAGUCGCAUCGACCAGCAGUGGCUUUACGCAUCAAAGGGUCUUACGAGAUACAAAUAAGCGACCACGUGUAUGUGAGAUGAAAACACAGCACAAAAAGAAGACAGAAACGGCGGUGCGGUGUGGAACAACCGUUUCUUUUCCAGCUCACGCAACCUAUGGGUGCGACCAGUGGUCUGGAGGAGACCAGAUUCCGGCUAAAGCAGCUGAGGUGGGAAUCGAAGACAAAGGAGGUGGUGUUUUUCCUGAGCGAAAUGUAACAGAGGAGAUCACGAAAAUCGGACUUAGAAAUGAGCAGUUGCGGCACAGUGUAGCGGCCUUAAAGCGCAAAUUUUCUUUAUGUGAAGAAGAAACUCAACAGUUGUUGUUAGGACUGGGCGCUUUGAAUGCCGUGGCCAAUGAGCUAGCAUCGUUACAGAUGGACUAUCAGGAACGCUCGUCAAAGAACGCAGCUUUGAUCCAGAAUUCGCUGGAGCAGCUUUCCAGCUGCUCUGCGCAAGUUGAUAUGCUAAAUAGAUGUCGAGAAGUCACGGCUGCACAGCUGGAGGCCUUUCGACACGAGUGUACGGACGAGAUGAAUAAAUUGGUGGUACGACUUGGUUAUUUGGCAGACAGUGCAAUGCAUGAGCCGGAAAGUGUUCACGGUCACGACGUGAAUAUCGUUGGAAAACGGCAACAGAUCAAGCUGCUGAAGGACGAGCUGUGUGAGUACAGAGCACGGGUAAGCCAUGAUGGCUCUGUUACUUCGAUACCGUGCUCGGCUGUACCUGCACAACUCGAGUCGACAGAGCGAAUCAAUUUGGCGCUCACACAAUUAGGUGAAUUACACGCUGAAAUGUACCAGUUAAAGCAGGUGCUUGUACAGGAAAACCAUUACUUUCGACAAGACCUCGGAAAUCUUGUGUCACAGCAACUGGCGUGUAUCCGCGAAGCUCAAGAAAGUGAAGCCGAGCGUAUCAACGAAGAACUAGACCUAAUGAGGUCUGGAAUGUGCGGAGUUUUGAAGGAUAUUCACCGAUUGAAAGAAAGAACGAAAUAUUUGGUCCCGAGUAUGGCACGCGUAGGACCUCGAAGUAAUUUAAGUGGUUUGCCGCUAAAUAAUCACAGAUUAUAUAAAGGACGUGGUGGGGAGCAGGUGAACGAGGAGCGGAUGAAAUCACCAAACGCUAUUUUUCAAUCAAGUGGAUAUUCGUUGACAAUGGCUUCACGUCAGUGUCGAGAUGAUUUGCCUCAUUACGAACAUGGCUAUGAUGAUGAUUGCUAUUGUCCUGGGGUGACAUAUCUGCAAACAGGUGUCUGCCAUGCACGCCCACGUUGCUCACACAGCUCAAAAUCUAGCAACUCUAGCCCAGGACACUCGGACGAUGACAAUUGGCGAAUGCUUCAUUCAGAGGAUGUUUGUGCAAGUGACCAACGUCCGGCGCAGCCGUGCGAGAGUCCGCACUACUCGGCUUGCUCAUCUAGCCUGUCUGGUCGUCUCAGCUUUAAUGGAGAUGAGCAUUCAAUACCCUCUGCGCAGCAGUUCGAGCAGCAGCUUCUGGAACAACAUCGACUCUUUUGGAUUGGCGAAGGCGCUGGGAACUGGGAUUUAACAAGUAAACCAUUUGAGGAAUCGAAGGAACCUGCAGCAAAAGCAAAAGACAGCAUUCGCGAGCUGGAGUCGCAUGCUAGCUCAAGAUCACUUAAUUGA